CCCUUCCGCCUCCGUCCGGAAGCGCUGUGGCAGACGGCUUGGGUCUGUCGCGUGGGUACUUGUCGCGUGUCUAGCCGGUGGUGGCUUCAGGCGCGCGCAACGAUGCUAACUCCUGCGUUCGAACUGACCCAGGACCGCGACUUCCUUACCGUCGCCAUCCGCGUGCCCCACGCGCGCGCCUCCGAGUUCGACGUGUACUUCGAGGGGGUGGACUUCAAGUUCUACGCCAAGCCGUACUUUCUGAGGUUAACACUUCCUGGAAGGAUUGUAGAAAAUGGAUCUGAGCAGGGAUCCUAUGAUGCAGAUAAAGGAAUUUUUACCAUUCGAUUGCCCAAGGAAACUCCUGGCCAGCAUUUUGAGGGGCUGAACAUGUUAACUGCGCUUCUGGCACCAAGAAAAUCCAGGUCUGCCAAACCGCUUGUGGAAGAAAUAGGUGCUUCCGGGGUUUCUGAGGAAGGAGCUGAUGAUGAGGAUGAAGAGUUUGACUGGGAAAUUGAGCAGACUCCCUAUGAAGAGGUCUCAGAAAGUACUCUGCGAUCGCAGUGUCACUAUGGAUUUGGAAACCUGCGAGCAGGUGUGGUUCAGCGGUUACAGGAUGAACUGAGUGAGGUUAUCGAUAUUAAGGAUCCAGAUUUCACUCCUGUGACUGAACGGAGGCAGAAACGCCUGGCCGCUGAAUUGGCCAAAUUUGAUCCAGAUCAUUAUCUAGCUGACUUCUUUGAAGAUGAGGCAGUUGAACAGGUUUUGAAGUACAGUCCUUGGUGGAACGAUGUGCACACAGAAAUGAUGGCCUCUUUGGGAAAGAGCCAAGAGCAAGGGGAUGCUGCUGCCUUAGUAUCUUUUUCAGAAGAGGAAAAAUACCAGCUACGAAAGUUUGUGAAUAAAUCUUACCUGCUGGACAAGACAGCUCACCGUCAAGUGUACUAUAGUUUAGUUGACAUCCUUCUGGCCUAUUGCUAUGAAGUACGUGUGACUGAAGGAGAGCACAACGUGGAGUCUGCGUGGACCAUCAGGAAGCUGAGCCCUACACUCUGCUGGUUUGAGACAUGGACAGACGUUCAUGAAAUCCUGGUGUCUUUUGGACGGAGAGUUUUGUGCUAUCCGCUCUAUCGCCAUUUCAAGCUGGUGCUGAAAGCCUACAGAGAUACUCUAAAGAUACUGCAACUCGGUAAGAGUGCAGUUUUGAAGUGUCUCCUGGAUGUUCACAAAAUCUUCCAGGAAAACGACCCAGCAUAUAUUUUGAAUGAUCUCUACAUCUCAGACUACUGUGUAUGGAUUCAGAAGGCCAAGUCCAAAAAGUUGGCUGCCCUAACAGAAGCUUUGGAAGCAGUCUCACUCAGUAAGGCCCAGCUGGGAUUCGAGCUGCUAGAACUGGAAGCUGCUGCAAUUCUUGUCCAGGAGGAAGAAACUGCCGGAAAGACAGCCCAGUGCAGUCCUACAGAGCAGGUUCCACACUCCAGCCCUGAGCCCAGUGACUCAGACAGCACCUCAUCAUCUGACACAGAAGACUCAGCGUCAGUGCAAGAGGAGCUUGUCGGGACCCAGCCCUCCCUGCUCACUUCUCUGCAAGUCCCCCUUUUGGAAGAGGACAGUGCCCUGACCAUCAGAGAUAGUGGGCUCUGCAGAAACAUGGGCAGUCAGAAAUGUGAAGUUCGUCAAGGUCAGCCACUGGCCUCUCCCCGGGCUCCUCUGAUAGAGGAGGUUGGAGAUAGUGGACUCUGCAGAAACAUGGCCAGCCAGGGAUGUGAAGUCAGUCAAGAGCAGCCACUGGCCUCUCCCCGGGCUCCUCUGAUAGAGGAGGUUGGAGAUGAACUGAAGACCAUGCUUUGGGUUUCCACACCCAGUGGUGUCAAUGCUGGGAGCCACAGGAGUGUACAGGAUGCAAAGGAGAGGGAUCAGGUGCCCUGUGAUUGACUUAAGUGGUAGGCUCAUUAUGGGGCACUAGGUCAACUAUGAUCUCAUACAGAAGUGGAAUUUCUGAUUUUGAUUGUGUACAUUUUCUGUGUGGAUACAGGACAUUGUUUUUCAGUGAGCUAACAUUUGUACUUUUCAAAGUUUUUAUUUUGCAACUUGAAAAAUAUACUUCUAAAGUAUUCUUUAUAAGGUAUAAAUAAUUAAAAAUGAAGACCAUAGUUCUACUAGGAAAAUCUCUAGACCAGUGAUUCUCAACCUUCCUAAUGCUGUGACCUUUUAAUACAGUUCCUCAUGUUGUGGUGACCACCAACUAUAAAAUUAUUUUGUUGCUACUUCAUAACUAAUUGUCUACUGUUGUGAAUUGUAAUGUAAAUAUCUGAUAUGCAGGAUAUAGUGUACACUAUGAGGAAAUACUAACAGGUGAAUACACCAGGUGAAAUGCUCCCUACAAUCAGGAUAACAAAUUUCUCCAUCAUCUCCAGCUGUUCUUGGACCAUUUGACAUCCCUUUUUCUGGGCCAGGUGCCACCCACCCGUGUUCCCUGGUCUGCUGUGUCACAGUCAGAAGCUCACGUUACUUGCAUUGUCAUAAACUGUAGCAUACAGUGCACUCCUGAGCGGGCUCGUUCCACUGCACGUAAUUAUCAUGAGAUCGAUGUGUGUGCUAAUGUGUGCCCAGUCUUUUGUGUUGUCUUCUCAGAGCAGAGACCAUUGCUUGGAAUAGAUUUGCCCAUUCACCCACUCAUGGACAUUUGAGGUGCUCCAUUGUUUUGACUGUAGUAAACUGUUGUGAGCACUUGGAUACAAGCCUCUGUGCACAUUCGCUUCCUUUUCCCUAGGUAAGUAGUGUGCCAUGUUGAGUGUGGUAGGGAUGUGAUUAACGUAUACCAGGGCGGCCAUUGUUUUCCCUCUUAGCUCAGAUGGACCAGUUUACACGAGCAGUGGGUAAGUGGUCCCAUUCUCUCCCUCGCCAUUGCUUAUGCUGCUUGGUGUUUUUUAUCUUCUUUUACAUUUGCUUAUCGAGUUACUCUGUGCUUGAGUGUGUGUGUGUGUCUGUGUGUCUGUGUGUGUGUGUGUGUGUGUGUGUGUGUGUGUGUGUGUGUGUAGGUCAGAAGACAACUUUCAGGAGUCAGUUCUUGCCUUUUACCAUGCAGAUUCCAGGGAUUGAACUUGAGUCGUCAGGCUUGGUGUCAAGCCCCCUUACCCACUGAGCCAUCUUGCCUGCCCCCCGGUGCUUACCAUCCCAGCAGGUGUAGACUUGAAGCUGCUUCUGACUUCAGAGUUCUGUGCUGAGCCUCUUUUCAUACCUACUGAUUACUUGCAGAUCCUUCCGAAGUGUCCAAACCUUUUGGCAUUUUUAAAGGGUAUUUUAUUUUCUCACUUUCUAGUUUGAGAGUUCUUUAUAAGGUUUGGAUACAAGUUCUCAUUAUGAGUCAUGUUCUCCUGCUUUUUCCUAUGCCUUAUCAUCCUGGAUCAUCUGCCAAAUCUAUAUUUUAUCUUGCUGGGUGUUGGGCUUGCAUUUCUACAAACAUUUUUUAUCUUUCUUUGGGGAUUCAACUAAGAGGCUUGGACUGGUUUGGCUCCAUCUUCUGUAUUUGUUCUUUCUAGGGUCGGUCAUUGCCCAGUGUUUGUAUUCCUGAAAGUGGUGUCUGUCUCAGUGUGUGCGUGUUCGAGUGCACAUGUAUGUCUGCCUGCCUUUCUACCCCACACGCUUACUUUUUACAUAGCUGUGACCAAAUACCUGGCAGAAACCACUGAGGAAGGAAGAUUCAUUUUGGCUCACAAUUUCCAAGAGAUUUCAGUCCUUUUUGGUGGGAGAGGCCUGGGGUGGGAAUGUUCUAUCUGUGAAGGUGGGAAAUUUCAAGGCUGGCUUGUUCGUUCACAUGGUGGCAGGCAGAGAAAACAGACCAACACCUAAAGCAAAGAGCUGCUCUAGCCAGACCCACUGCAGAAGCUCCUCGGACAUCAAAAUACUGGCACGAACUCGGGAGGAAAUGUUCAGAACAUAAGCCUGGAAAGUUCAUUCAAUCACCGUGCUUCCUGCUCUGUGGCUUUUCCCCCCAGGAGACAGCAGGGAAAGCCUGUCUCCUGAGCUCACUUCGCUGGGCCCUGUCUGAAUUAUCUCUCUUGCACAGUAGGACUGUCUUAGCGCUCACCUGAUGUGUCUUCUGUCUUCCAUCACCUGAUGUUCAUUGUCUUGAGAAAUUACAGCUUCAUACAUGUUCCUGUUUUUCUCCUCACUUACGCUGUCCCUCUGCCUCCAUCUUGAAUAGAGAUGGGAUCACAGUAGUGUGUUCGAACUUUCCCCAGCUUGCAGGUCAGUUGCUGGGGAGUGGGGUUGGGUCAGCCGUGUUGUCAGCGCUCCAGAGACACAUGGUGAGCAGAUGAACAAGUAAACUAACCGGUUCGCUCUGCGUGGGAAGGAAACCGGAUACAAGUUCAUGUCAGCACCUUUUACUGCAGGACUGUAUGGUUCCCUUCUCAUUGGAUUAGAAAGACUGCACGGAUUGGUGUUUCUAAUAUAGAUGCCAGUUGUAUUAACAUGUUGGUUGGGGUGACUGCAGUCUGACAUGCAUGCUAACUCCCAACCCCUGUAACAGCUUGGUCUGGAUGUGUGGGAGCCUCCUCUCAGGCUCCCUGGAGAGCUUCAGAAUUUCUGUGACCAUUGCAAAUGCAGUUCUCCUCAGCAGCACGUUACCUGAGGCUGCUGUGAAAGGCUUUGGAUCCUAAACUGCAAGUUGAACAAAUCCUCUCUUGUCUAAAUGUUUAAAGCCGUGAACAUUUCCUUCCUUUCAUCAAUUCCUGUCCCGAGGAGUCUGGACAGGACUGGCUUCCAUGAGAAUUGUCUUGGAAAAGCUACCUUUCUUAAAGAUAUGCAAAUAUGAGCCUUCUGACAUUCUUUAAGCCAAGGGGCUCUCGGAACUCUCUCAUGAGUAUUAGAGAUAACAUGCGUGAGUUCCACAGCAUCAGACUGAGUUCAGCCUCCCCUUCACCCUCCCUUUGGCCACGGGGCUUAGAGCUCAUGUAUCACACCAACCUGGCCUUUGUCUAAGAUGGCUAAGAACACCACUGCACCACACCUGCAGCCCAGAACACCCCUCAAAUGGGUGUUUUUAUGCUAAACAACUUGGUCGACAAUUUCAGGGAUCUCUUAUACCAAAAGAGUUUUCCAAGAAUACUUGAUGAUGGGAGAAAAGGCAAGUUAGGAAGAGAGCAGAGAGGUCACCACAGUGACUCCCGAGACUCAUUGAGGUUGACAAGAUCUGGAAUUGAGUUCCAGAAUUUUCGUUCGGAGUGACCUGCCCUGUAGAAUUAUGUCAAAGCUCCAAACCUUUCCCUUUAGCUUGAAAAUAGGACUGAGGUUAUAGUCAUCGGUCACCUAACAAGGGGAAUGUGUUUGGAGAAGUACACUGUUAUUUUGUCACUCCCUGUAUGAACAUCAUAUUCUUCUUACAGAAACUAUGGUGGCUAUGAUGUCAUCAAGUAUUAUCUUGGGUUUGGUUUUUGCAGUUUGUAACAUCUUACUGUAUAGCCUAGGCUGUCCCAGAACUUAGGAUUUCCCUGUGACAGCCUCCCAAGUGCAGGAAUCACAGGUCCAGCCAAGUAAAGGGAUCUUGAACAGCUGCCUUCGUAUAUGCAACGUGUCUUUGACAAGCCAUGCAGAACGUGUAUUUUUGUUGCUUACCUUCUAGGACUGUGAAACUUUAUGUUAGAAACACUGAAGUAUUAAACCAAGGUGAGGGUUCAUCCUUGUUGCUUGACUUCCCCCAAGCUAAACAUGGCUCUGUGGAGCCACCUAACAACAGGUUGCUGAGGGAGUCAGCACUGUGCAGUGACACAGCUCUGAUUAUCAAGCUGAUGAUCACAGUAUUUGCACAGUUCAGUAGGUUAGAUAGAAAUAUUAAUUACAUUGGUGAGUCUCAGUGAUACCUAGUCCUCUGUUCACAUCACUGCCUGGCGUUCUUGUGUUCUGUCUGUGUCAUUCUCCUCGAAGAGUAAUGUACGGCCUUGCUGUGGGCCUGGCGGGGCACUGAUGCAGUAACCAGGAUGGAAUCAUCUUUCACCAGCACAAGAUUAACUUACCAACGAGGCAGGGCUGCUCCCUACCACAUGCUGAAUUGGAUGGCAGCUGCUGGGUGGUUUUCACACCUGCCAAUGGAAAAUACACUUUCUUUGUGGGAAACAGUUUCUGUUGCUGUAUACUAGAGGGAGUUACUCGUUAUAAAAAUUUACUAAAUUAUUUUAAAACAGGGACCCCUUUAUACUGUUACACUUUUAUAGAAGUAACUGGAAAUCAACUUACAUAACGAUGAGAACAGAUACUGCUAAAAGAAAUAGGCGUAAAACUAAAAAAUACAUUAUAUUUUCAGAAAUGUUUGUUACAAAAGAUUUUAUGAUGUAGAACCCUCCCUAAAUAAUGUGGCCUGUCAUGUCUGUCCUUGCAUCAGGUAAAGUCAGGUUGGGCUUCACAGACACAUCUCUGAGUGUUUGGUUAGGAUUUAACAAACUCCCAAGCGGAAGCUUGCGGUCUGAGCGGCUCCCACCUGUCUUCUGAGCAUGCUCUGUAGUUUUUCAGCCCAUAGCAAGUGAAGGAAACAUUGAUUAGACUUGAUUUAAAGCAGUGAGUGAUAAAUACAGCUGGGAAAUUGAUUCAUGUCUCUCAAGUGACUAGGGCACAGCCAUCUACCGUUGACACAACUCCUGUCUCAAGGCUGGAAAACAAACAGGGAAACACGUGUCAGACAGAUAAAUGAUAGUUGCUUUCAGCUCCUGGGAAACCAUUUGUUUCUGAGAUAAGAAAUUGACUGCUCUCCACUCAUAAGAAGAUAAGCCAGGGAGAGGGGGCUCUGGGAAGGGGGAAAGGAUUCAUGUCCCUAAGAACAUCAUGUGGGGUAAGGCACUAGGAAUGCUCUCUCCAGAAACACUGUACGAGGAUCUCUGUGGCACACUGGUGUCUUCAAAGCCAGGCCUGGAAACUAUUCCCCCGCUGCUCAUUCUGGUGCUGUAUCAGCAGGAGUCCCUGAAUGACGAUCUUUGUGGUACUCCCAACAGGGCAGGCACCUGAAAUUCUGCUAGGCUUGUAGCCCGGAAGGCCUCUGAAAGCGAGUCCCCUGCUGCCCAGUGCCUCUGAGGAGACUGGCUACUAUGUUUAUACAGUUGCUGUGUUUGUGUUGCUGUCGUGUGUCUUCCAAAGUGCAGUCCUCUCUCACUUCCCGAAAGUGUGUAUUUCCAUUUCACCUCAGUUCAAGUCUCCUCGGUCGGCACUCCCAUAGAAUGUUGGCUACCUCUGUGCUGUAAUUUUCCCUUCUUACUCUGAAGGACAGUUUCUGUCAUGGUGCUUGCUGCUCUCAGUUGGGACUGAAAAGCAGAGAGCUGUUUGCAAUUCCUUCAGUACCACAGAGACUUUGGGGUCUCUCUACUCUGGGCCUCCAAUUACACAGUGGCCAUAGGAGACUUCCACAUGGCACUCGUUGAAAGACAGACCACUGGGUGGCUUCUGUGAGCCCUGGCCUCAACCAUGGUCAGCUGCUAAUUCUACAGAUGCCCCUUCCUCAAAUGACAGUGCCAUCUGUUCACUUCUGUCCAUGAGGCUUGUUCUGUGUUCAGCGCAUGUUGCUGUCAGCACUCUAAUACGGAAAAUCAAGUAUGUUGCUUCCCUGAGCAGCUGGGUCCGGAGCCCGCAUCUCCUGGCCAUGUUCUGUCUUUUCCUGCCAUGGUCUCCCCAACCCUGACUUCGAAGCAUUCUCAACCCGUGUACCCCUAAGUGGGUGGUCAUCUAGCAGGGAACCCGUAGAGUCCCUGUCUGAGCAGCGUGGGUGAGCACCAACCAUCACAGUGAGUCAGGCCCAGAGCUGUGGGUCCAGGGAAGGCUGAGGGGACGGAAGCAGAACAUAGGUUCCUACCAGGCUGUCCCCUGGCCCCGUGGGCUCCGGAGCUGCGGUUUCAGAUUUGUGCACAAUUAAGUUAGGAAAAGACAGAACUGGGUACAGAGUGCUGGUGCCAGUCUGCUCCUGGUUUUGCAAAUAUCCAAUCUAGCUAGCAUUCGGAAGCUGUUCUUUUCAUAUGGAAGUUGAAACUGAACACACCAUUGGGCUUUAAGAAAAAUUCCACCUCUCAGUUACCUUCUUAGCAAUUUCCCCAUUCCUUAAUUUAAAAAAAGAAAGUCCACAUACACUCUCACACAUUGUUUAAAUAGCAUUGGAUUCCUAUACUAUGUAAAUUUUACUUUUUCUCUUUUUUGCUAUUGUUUGGUUUUUUGUUUUGUUUUGUGGUGGUCGUUGUUGAGACAGGGUUAGUCCCCCCCCUCCCCCCAGUGCUGUCUCUCCUGGAGCUCAAUAUAUAGGUUGAGUCUCACUGAGAUCCUCCUGCCUCAGUCUCCCAAGUGCUAGGAUUAAAGAUGUGGGCCACCAAGCCUGGCUCUCUCAGUCUUCAUACAAAGCUGUGGUUACUUUCUCUUGUCUCUGAAGAACCUUCCAAAUCAUAACUCCAUGGCUGCAGUGAAAACAAUUACAGGAUAUGCGUGAGCAAGAUGCCCCUGUUUUUGCAACAUGUCUGAAAACAAGUGUGUCUCCUCAGACUCACCAGGGAGGCACGUAAGGGGGCGGGAACUGAGUUGAAUAAAUUUCUGCUCUCUAGGAUUUGAACUGGGAAGUGAAGAAGGACUCAGGCCCUUGGCAAAUGCAGGGAGCAAAAGAGGCAUUGGGAAAAGCCACAAAGGGAUCUGGAGUCGGUCUUGCCAACAACUCAGGGAGGAAAAAGUUAGAAAAAUCCAUGUACAGACACAACACGCCAAGGAAAGGGCUUGGGCACUGGGGAGUCUUGGAAACGGGUCUGAUGUGAAAGACGCAGACACUGGGAGUCCUUAAGUGGUGUCAGUAAGGUGAACUCUCACAUGUCUGCCUGGGACUCCCACACCUCCCUUCCACCCGUCUGUCUCGAUCAGUAUGCACCCAGAGCCUGUCAUGGAUUCACAGGGUGUCUGCCUCCUUCAUCCGUGAUCUAAUCAAAGGCCUUUCUAGUAAGUACAAUAGUCCUUUAUCCCUUGUUGCCCCAGGAUUUGUUUCCCUGUGGUCAACCAUGGUCUGAAGACAUUAAACAGAAUCCCUGAGUUUUCAGUUGCAAGUUGCUGAGUCUGUGAUAGAAUCGUGUGCAAGUCUGCUUUGUCCUGCUGUGCAUGCGACCUGCUGGCGGUCACUUUGCAGCUCCUUAGCUGUCACAUCGCCUGUUGUCUUGCCUUGCUGAGUUUCAAGUGACCCUGAUUCUACUUAACAAUGACCCCAAAACAUGAGAGUUUCAAUGCUGGCCUUGCAGAUGCACCACAGAGAAGAUGCAAUACACUUCCCUCAUGUGAAAGAGAACUCAGGAGAAAACAAACCGGGGAGGUUGCCGAGGUCUGUGGACACACAAAUAGGGAGAGCAUCUAUUGCCAGUAUUGUAACAGCUCAUCUACUGUACUGCCGUUCCUCUUGUUGCCUGAUAAGAGGCCUAUUGUGCCUGAUUAAUAAGUAAUUGUAGGUGUGUUUGGGUAGGGAAAACAUGUCCUGGUUCAAUGCUGUCUGUGGUUUCAGGCAUCAGUGGGGUCUUGGGGCAAACUCCAGAGAAGAGAAUGUUGUGACAGGAACGCUAACACAGCGACUUCAGUCAGCAGAGAUAACUAAUUAGUGUACAGUCUGACAAGUUCAGCAGUAGAAUGGCUCUCAGGAGCAGCUUGCCCAAGCGAUUCACAUGUCAAAGCUCUUUGUGUGGUCUCUCUCCAACAUCCUCAGUGUUGACAUAAUUCCACUUGGCUACCCCUCUUGACCAUAGUGGCUGCCAGCUGCCCCUGCAGCUCCCUCUUUUCUGAUCAGAAGAGCUGAUUUGUCUAGUCUCCAACAAACUCCUCAGAAACCUGACUAGAUCAGCUGAGGUAAGCUGGUUUCUUCAUGGUUGGCCAUUGAGAUGGUGCUUGAUAGCAGCAUAUGGCCACCUUGGGGCAGGGGCAGGCACUUUGUAGAUGGAGGGUGGGAGACAGAGUGGGAGAGUAACCGGUAACUAUUCCAACCCACCCUUACAGUUCCAUUUGUAGAGCAGUGAUUCUCAACCUUCCCAACGCUGUGACCCCUUAAAUGCAGUUGCGGUGACCCCUGGCUAUAAAAUUACUUUCGUCGCUACUUCCUAAUUGCUAUUUUGCUACUAUUUUGAAUAGAAAAUAUGUGAUAUGUGACCCCUGUGAAAAGGUCAUUUGACACCCCUCAGGGGUCGUGACCUCAGGUUGAGAACUGCUGUUUGUUGUAGCUCGUCCUGUGAGACUUAGUGGUAAAGCCCGUUUCAGGCACGUGUGAAUCCCGGGGUUUCUACUCCCAGAAAGAAGGACAGGGUGAGAGCAAAAGAGAACCGUGUAAUUGUUAAUGGUCUCCAGCUGUCAGUUCUUGGUUUACCUAUCCUCCUGAGUGUUCUGAGGCGGCCACUGGGUGGUGCUAGAGCCGGUUCUCCUCUGCCAGGCAGGCGGGCUCUGGAUGCCCCAUCGUGCCAACCCCAUCCCCCAAGCUCUUCCUAGGCAGCACUGCAGUGCAUAGCUGUCCCCGGAUCUGAGUUCCCUGUUUUUCUCCCGGCACACUGGCGCUCGAGCCUCCCCUCUCACCGCUAAUCUACCCUGUGCUCCUCACAGGGACAGACUAAAUGGCCUGGAGUUAUCUCAGAGGCCGACCCUAACUGAGGCUGCUGCUUUCCAGGCUCGGCUGGCACCAGCGCUGCGCUCACACGCCUCUGCGACGCAGAGAGCACCCUUGUCAUAGAUAAGGGGCUGGCUUCCAAGUCAUGUGCCGGCCGGAGAUCGCCUUGCAGCUCCCUGCAGCGCGCUCUUUCUGCAGCAUUGAUCGCUAGUCCUUCAGGUUCCUGUAGAGCCUGGGGAAGUGACCCCAUGAGGUCACUCAUUCAGAACAGGAUAGAUCCGUUCCGGUGGGUGUCCUAGGUCACUCCUACGUAGGUCUAGGGGUCGCAAGGCUGUGAUCCUCACCGUCGGUCCUGCACUGAGCUCGGACCCUCCGUGGGCGACCCAUCGCCCGGAAGGGUUCUGCUUAUUAAUCAUCCUGCCUCCAGGAGUGGGGAUCCUUGCUGGUGGCCUCCUCGCGCGGAUUGGUGGGGAAGGCUCGAGUUGCCAGCCCUCCCCGGCUAAUCCCUGCAUUGUCCGCUGACGUAUCUAAUUAUGUGUCUUACAACCACCGCGCGGUCCUGGGAGCAGCGGGGGCCUUCUGGCGGAAAGACGAGAAUGAUUGCUCCAUCUGUUACCGAGGCACCUCUGGGGGAGAGGGGCAAGUGCGCGUGCGCCCAGGCCGGGCGGGCGGGGCGGCCACGCGGAGCGCAGGUGCCUCUGGAGCAGGGAUCCACUGCAGGUGCAGGUGCCAAGCUCGCCCCGGCUGAGUGGAUGCUUAAUUACAGUCGACCUCAGGGGAUGGCUCACUCCUGAAUGACGGGUGAAGCUCCUGGUGAAGCUUCUGGUGAGCAGAGCUGGAGAAGGUAGCGGGCUUGAGACUUCUGGGAAGCAAGGAUGAAGUCCUUCCCUAAUCACCGGGCUACGCCUCAUCCCUAGGCCGAUUAAAGCGUCCUUUGGGCUAAAUUGAUUCUCGGUCUACUGACACCACAUUCUAUUCUGGAACAUUGUUUUCAUGGCUCUGCAGCCACGCUGAACAGGACAUCCAGACUAUCAAAAAUAAGCUCGUCUUGGAGUCAAAUGUCAUUACCAGCGCCUACACCCUGGCCCUUUACAGUUUGCUUGCCAGUGAUCCUCCCUUCCUCAGUAUACUGGGAAUGAAACUCACGGCCUCCUGGAUACUGGGCAAGCGCUCUAGCCUCUAGUUCUGGUGCUCAAAUUUGGCCCUACCGAGGCGGGCACAUGUGCACUGGGAGUUGAAGAAGAUCAGAGUCGGGUUAGCAGCACUGUGUGUCUCAUAGUGGGAGUUGUGGAUGGUCUGAUGAGAGGGUAGAAAGAAAUGGAAGGCUUGGCAAUCUGGAGGGAGCUGGCUUCUGUGGGGAUGGUUUUCCCCACGUGACCAAAUCUGAGCUAUGAGAGAACCAGAUUGCUCAAGGUAGAUGUGACAAUGGGGUGUAAGUAAACUUAGUCGGGGACAACCCAUAGAAAGCCACUUUGGUUUUAGGACUCAGACAUUAUUGCAUACAGGGGAAGAGAGCAAAGCCCCAUCAGUUCAGGAUCUAUGGAAAUGGGAAGUAAUGUGAGCAUGUGUUGUGGCUUGAGGCAGACUUCAUUAUUAAGGUCUGUCAAGCAUUUUCAAAUCGUGCUGUCUUGUGGUGAACAAAGUGCCUCAGAGUGCCACCAGGCCUGAUGACCCGAGAUCCAGCUCCCCACCCCAUGUGGUGGAAGUAGAGAACUGACUCUCACAGGUUGUCUUCUGCUCUCUCUCUCUCUCUCUCUCUCUCUCUCUCUCUCUCUCUCUCUCUCUGUGUGUGUGUGUGUGUGUGUGUGUGUGUGUGUGUGUGUGUGUGUGUGUGUGCUGACCUGUGCUGGUGUGAAGAGGGGGCACAUACACAUACAUAUGCAUGCAAAGAAUAAUAAUAAAUAAUUUAAAUAUAAUUUGAAAAGAGCCUUUUGUGUCCUCUCACUGUUGGUGUCUCGGAGUCAGUAUUCCUCAAAACUUACCCCGUGUGAUAGUCCGUUUUCUCCUUCCAUACACUUGACCUCUGUCAAACGUUAAAAGCACCAAUACCAACGACAAGCCAUACUGUGAACACCACCAGUGCCCAAGCUCAGAGACCUCCAGGCCCACUACAAAUGAGGUGGGAUAUCCUGACCCCUUUCUACAGAUAGGAAAGCUGAAUCCUUUGCCAAAAUUCGUGGUUUUAGAUGUCUGUAUUAGCAGAUGAAGUUGUCUAUGUUAAUUUUUUAAAAACUUAUAUGUAUGGGUGUUUUGUCUGCCUGUAUGUCUGUGUACCACGUGUGUCCAGUUCCCACAAAGGGCAUUGGAUUCCCUAGGAGCUAGAGUUAUAGAUGUCUGUAAGCUGCCAUGCAGAUGCUGUGAACAAACCCCAAAUCCUCUGGAGGAGGAACCAGUAUUCUUACUUGCUGAGCCAUCUCUCCAGCCUUACUGUAAAUUCUUUCCUUAAAAAUAUAUUGCAUUUACGUAGAGUCUCUGUCUGUCUCUCUGUCUCUCUGUCUUGCACACAUGCACACACACACACACACACACACGCAUGCACAUGCAUGCACACACACACAUAACUGAAUUCCAGCAUGCAGGAGCAUAUAUAUAGAAGUUAAAGAAUAACUUACAGGAGUCUGUUCCCUCUUUCUAGCAUGUUGGACUGAGGGAUCAAACUCAGGUCCUUGGGCUUAGCAGCAAGCACCCUUACCCACAGAGCCUUCACAGAUAAUCCAGUUAUGUCUGUUUUAAAAGAAAGGAAUGAUGUAGGAGAAAUGGAGGGGCUUCAUAAAGGACCCACCUUGAAAAUAGAAUGCCAUGUCCUGCCUGCUGACUCUGUGUCCUUGGACCUUGGACGGCAGACUUCCUGUCAUUUUUGCUUGUGUGUAUAUGUACUUGUUUGCAUACAUGCGAGUGCAUGUGUGGGCAUCUUUUUGAUCAUUCAUCACUUUAGUUACUGGGGUAAGAUCUCUCCCUAAAUCUAGCUAAUGGCUCACUAGCUAGUGUGCUCCAAAGAUUCUGUUUGCAUUCCCAGACUGAGAUUACAAGCAGGCCACUCUGCCCAGCUGGCUUUUACUUGGAGUUCUGAAGCUCCAAAAUCUGGUCCUCAGUGAGCCAUCUUCCCAACCCUGAACUUGUUAAACUUCUCUGAGCUUCAGUUUUUAAAAUAUCUACCAUAGGGUGUUAGUCUCACCUCUCUGGGUGGUUGAGACAGGACUGAAGGAAAAUAAAACAUUCUCACCACAGUCUGGCCCAUGCUGGAAGCCAAGUCGUUUGCCAUGUGUCCACACUGUGUUGGUUUUUAGCAACCUGGUACAGCAGAACAUGUGCUCUGUGCACACUAGGCUUCUAGUUAAUUCUUUUCUGCUGUUUCCCCUGCCCCAGAACUGCUUGGCUCAUCACUGACGGCAUUUCUGACCCUGAGUCCUAGGUUCCUGUAAGUUGGUGACUUGUGAGAUCUGACUUGUGGUGGCUUCAUAAGUCAUGAAGAGGGAUCGCAGGAACCAACCUUUGCCAAGAAGGGGUGAGAUAGCCAUCUCCGCCACCACCAGGCCAGGAUCCAAACCAUGUGGCUUAUAUCUCGGUCAUUGAUCGUGGCCCAGUGUGGGACAGCAAUCAAGGACUUGCUGGGGUUGCCAGAUGAGUGUUCUAUGGAGCCAGCAUAGCCCCACUCCUGUCUCCCUCCUGUUACCCCGGUUCCCACAGUGACUCUGCUGGAAAAGGUCCCCAAGGCUAAGGAUGAAUUACCAACCAGCAGUGCCAGCAGCCAUUUGCCACUCUCUGGUACUAUUUGGAUUCUCCCCAGUCACUGAAGCUGUUCUGGUGCCUCCAGCCCUGGCCUAGCUUCCUCCAAGUGAAGACAUGGGUGCCUUGAGCCACUUGCCUUCCCCGGAGAGGUCAUGGAGAGUUCAAACUCCGCAUUUGGAAUCAGUUUGCUCAGUGAAGUGUGUUAGACAGGUCUAAUGGCUUCCUUCCACCUUCCUCACACUGAAGAAGCUGGACUCUGACAGACUACUGGUGGGAGGUGACUUUGGGGAAGAGCUUUCCAAGCCUUCAUCUAUAGUGCUUGAGAAGCAGAUUGGAAGAUGGGGCUGGCUGUGAUGAUUCACCCAUGGUGGCCAUUCAGGGGAGGUUACUGAGCUUCCGUGUUCCUGUAAAGGAGCCAGAGGCUUGAAAAAGAGGUUAGGGAGCUCGCCUUACAAUCAUGAGGAACUGCACCCAACCCACUAACCCACAUAAAGCAAACAAGGUGUAAGUGCUCACACUUGUAACCCCAGCAGUGGGGAAGUGGGGACAGCUGGGUCCCUCCAGCAUACUAGCCAAUCAGCCUAGCCUACUCGGUCACUUCCAGGCCAGUGAGAACAUAUCUCAAAAAAUGGUGGCUGGCAUUUGAUGAAGGACACCCGAGCUUGACCUCUGACCUCCAUAUGCAUAUGCACAUAUAUGCACACACGUAGACACACAUGCAGAAGACAGAAAAAAAGCCUGUGAAGCCAGCUCUCUGAGGUCCUGACAAGACCGAUGUGUCAGCAGAUCCACAGGCUGCUGCAAGACGAAGUCUCAAUUCUAAGCAGCCAAGUGGCCGUUCUCUGUCAUUGACUAGUACUUUCUACUGGCAUCUGCCUGUGCAAUGAGCGCCUCCAGGAGAUGCUCUCAUUCCUGAGAAAUGCGCCUCAAUACAAAGCUCAAUUGUGCUGUAGGUGUGCAACAGCAGAUCUUCUCUUCCACUCCUGGAAGCCUUCGCUGACAUCUGGAUUAGACAUCGUACCGCCCCAACCGUGUGUGUGAGUGAACAUACAUUUAUAAAGAAUUUUUCGGAUGCUGCUUUUGAACAUGUGCGUCUACGCACAGCGACUCAGCUAACAUUGAAUGGGCACCACUUUCUUAGCAGUUGCAACUCACACUCAGGACUUCCUGCCCCGCAAAGUAUAAUAGAUAAUAACCCAUAGAUUAAUUUUAGCUAUCACUUCUUUGAGGUAGAGCAUCACUAGCCUAGGUUUGCUUAGAUCUAUUUCCGUAGCUAGCCCAGGCUGGCCUGGAACUCUAGGUCCUCCUGCCUUAGCUUCCUGAGUUCUGGGAUGACAGGUGUGCACCACCAAGCCUGUCAUAAUAACAAGGAGCAAAAUGGUGUCAUGCUCUGUGGCCAUCAGUGAAAUAUUCACUUCAGCUUUUUUAGUAUCCUGUCAGCAGUGUCUGUUUCUCUUGAGCUGUAGUGCAAGGAAAUGAUGAUGUGGGUGUGCAUAUGUGUGUAUGUGUUUAGGGGUGGGUGUGUGUGUGUGUGCGAGCUACUGAUAGAUAAACACCUUUCCCAGGCCGGGCACUGGAAACCGGGCCAGCACAACAGCCGCUUGGAGCACGCUUGGAGCAUAGAGAGGCAGACCCCUUUGUCCUUGUCACACUCAGUUUCCCCCUGGUGGAAGCCCUGAGCCUGGCAGGGAUUGUGUAUAGGAGGCCUGUGACUCAUAUGCAAAGCAGCUCCCAGGUGAGGAAAACGUGAGGUGGCCUAGAGCUCCACAGGUUCAGCUCCAGUCAGUGCUAACCAGGACUGCUUCCUCUGUGGUAUGCUGAGCAGACGCAGAGCAGGAUGCCCACGUCCUGCGGUGCGGCAGCCUCCGAGGGUGUGUUUGUGCACUUGGGCAUCAGUUUACUCAGCCAGAAGUAGCCAGGGAGCGGUUCUGGUACCCAUCCUGAAGCAGACGGAGGGAGGAACAGAUGGGCUAUGAGCUUGUCACUGUGGUUGGCUGGCUUCCUUUGGCAUUAGCAUUUUAUACACUGGCGCUCAGCUGUAGUGAGCAGCCAGCAGCGGUGUGCCUGUUGCCAGCUCCCAGGGGUCAGCCUCAGGAGGCACUGACCCUGCCGUGACCCCAGCAGGCACCUGGUGGCCAGACUGCACCUGCACUGAGUUUUCUCACCGGCCACCAUUCCUCUUCCCAGCUGACAACACACCAGAGCACUGAAGCCGGCUGCCCAGAGUUGGUGAAGAACCAGAGACAGAGGGGAUUUAACUCAGCAGGUGCACCUCAAGCCUUCCACACCAAGGGAGGCUCAGAGUCUCUCUUCUUCCAGUAAAGGGAGAAAUGGGUGUGUGUCUGACUGUCCCAUGACCUCUGUCUAGGACAUUGAUGCGCUGCAGAGGGUCUAGAAGUGUAGGGCUGGAGGCUGAAGUCCAGCCGUGUCAUAAGCCAGCUGGUGGCCUAGUGUUAGAUUCUGUCAGACAAGGGGAAGGUGGCCUACCACCAACAGGACUGACCGUUUUGUCUGUUUUCUUUUGCCAUAUCUGAGGUCGAACACUUUAUAGAAAUUAGUGACAUUUUUGAGGUUUCAGAGUGCAUGGUGCUAAUCUGCUUGGCUCCGCUGAAGGCCUCCUGAUGGCAUCAUAGUAGGAGCAGAUCCAAGAAGAAGCACUCUUGGGAAGGAUGUGAAACAGAGAAACUCAGAGAAGACAUCAGGCUGUCUUCCGACCCCUUCACGAUGGUCCUCAGGAACAGUGGGGAUAAUUCCCUAACCGCCCCCCCGGCCAUAGGUGACAGCUGCUUCCAGGCUCCUGUAGCCAGAAGAAGGCCCUCUUGCAUGGUCAUAUCUGUCCCGUGGGCUGUCUGGGUCUAACGCAGGUGCUGGGGAUGCUCAGUUGGGAUCCUCUGGAGCCACCUGACACCAUUGCAGGACUGUCCUGCUCGUCAUGAGCUCCAGGCAGUCCAGGGUGGUCUUUCCCCAGCCCUGGCUGAGGCACUCACCUGACAGUGCCUCCCACCAUGGCUCUAGAUGGACUCUGGACAUCUUAUCAAACACAGCUGACAUCAGGGGCAUCAGGGAAGCCGGCUUCACCCGCCCUUCCCUGCGGCCUUUUCCCCCCAUCUCCCCUCCAACUUGGGAAGUCCGUAAAGAAAGACUGUUUUCUUACUCUUGGCCUUCCUGUUUUUAUCCUAGCGGCCUCUCAGGAGCCAUUGCUCUCAUGGUCGGACAGAGUAGAGGCAAGCUAUGAGCUGAGGAGGAUAGCCGGAGGACCCCAGGCCACAGGUCUGGAAGGUGUCGGCAGCAGAACCAAACAGCUUUUCUUGUCCCUGACUGAUGGGAGGGGUGGGAAAUGUGGGGUGGCGGGAAGAAACUACUAGAACUGAAAGCCAUCCCCCACUUCUGCCCCAAUGAAGCUUAAUUGACAACUUUUGCUCAGCUUGCAGACCUCAGAAUGGAACUGUCACCCUCUGCCCCCCCUGGAACACCCAUGUCUGCCGUUUCACAGCUGUGGAUGGAAACCACAGGCCUCACUCAGAAGCAAAGCCUGCGUUGGUAGGUGAGGGCACCAUCGACUCCGGUCCCAAUCCACAAAGCCAAGUUACUACUGUUGGGGCUUCUUCCCAGAAGCUGUACUGCUCCUGGGGUGAUUCUGACAUCUCUGAAAGGAGGGGACAGCAGGACCCUGGGCCUGCCUUUCCUCCCAAGGUUAUAAUGAGACAGAGACCCUGCAGACACACUGCAGUUUGCUGAUGGACACCAAGCCCCAUGUGCCUAGAGGAGGCGAUCAGCCACCUAGGUACCUCCCAGAAUCUCACAGGAUCUGUCCCAGGCCCAGUAUACAGCUUCAUCCCCCAUUUUGUUGGGAUGUCUGUACUGUCCUGAUUCUGCUACAAAGCUCCCGUGAGACCAAUACACACACACACACACACACACACACACACACACACACACACACACACUCACACGUGCUGUCUCUACCCAGAGUCAGGACAUGGGCUUCUCAAGUGGCCAGGGAGGCAUCCUGGUCACAGACAUAGGACGCUUACUCUAGAAAGAACUUGGGUUAUGUGUCUGCCGGCAAGGACAGACUACGGGCAAUGAAACCACCAAAGAGGAACUCUAGAACGGGCAAAGAAAAGAAAAGGCUUCUGCCUGAAAUUAAGGUAGGACUGACUCUCUAAGUUGCUGGGAACAUUUAUUCACUCAACAAUUAUCAAGCACCUACUGUAUAGCAGGCACUGUGCACAAUCCUGGGCUUAUAGGAGUGACCUAGUACAAUUCACAUUUGAGUAGAUUCACAGUUGCCUCAGAGGCACAAGUGUGACGAAGAGAACCAACAGGAAAGGGAGGUGUGUGUGUGUGUGUGUGUGUGUGUGUGUGUGUGUGUGUGUGUGCGUGCGUGUGUUCGCAUGCGGGCCACACUCUCACGUGUACAGGGAGGGUGGGGGUGACUUCCUGUAUGGGGAUCAGAAAAGGAAGCAGGAAGUGUCACAGAGGGACCAGUGAGAGUGAAGAACCUAGAGUACAUGGGCACUUGGAGGUUUGCAAGGACAGUGAGAGGCGCUGUGGAUGUGGGGGAGAGAGACCAGGAAGCGACCCUGGAAAGAGAGCUGGAGCCAGGGGCUCUGAGUAGGCCAAUAGCGUGGCUGGUCUCCUUUAGAAAUUGGAUAAUUAGAAACCCACACAAGGGCUAAAGAAAGAUGUUACUAGAAGACAACAGCGUGUGUCUCUCUCUGGCAGGACCCAUUUAGGGCCAUGAUUGAAUCCGGGAUUUCUGCUCUCUCUGCAUCCCAGGCCUCAGGGAGGAGGCAAUGCCACGGCAGCCACACCUCACUUUCAUACUCUUGUCCUCAGUGGUCCAGCAUCUCAAGGGGUUGGAGCUUCCAUGAAUCUCUCUAAUGAGCCUUGAGCCAGGACCUCAUUCUGGGUUGCAUUAGCUGCACAUAAAGUGGGACAGGGUCACAGCCCACAUCCCGGCUGCCAUUGGGCAAAGAUGGGCCUCUAGGCAGGAAGGGGUAGCUCUCCAAGAGAUCAUGAGGAUGGGGUGGGAGGCGCCAGCAAACCAGAGGCUAAAGGAUGUGCCUAUGUCUGUGGCGCUCACCUGUGAUCCCGUUGAUUAUGAAGUCCAAGUAAGAGUAAGUCAGCUUAGGCAAUGGAAUGAGAUUCUGUCUCAAUACAGUAAGAAGGCGAGGUGGUGUGGGGAGAUGGCUUAGUGGGUAAGAGUGUGAGGACCCAAGUUUGAAUCCCAACACACGUGUAAAAUCCCGGGCAUAGUCACCUGGAACCCCACAACUAAGGGUUAGGAUUCCGACCAGAGGAAGACCACUGGAGUUCGCUGGCUACCAGCCUUGCCCCAGGUUCUCACAAGAUCAUCUCUCGGGGAGUUAGAGGGACAGGGAGGGACUCAGCACCCUCCUCCGGCCUUCAUACACACAGGCGCUUGAACCCACUGGUGUGCACACCCACACAUGUGAAGGUCUGAAGGAGAGGGAGGGAAGGACGGGAAGAAAGAAGAAACAGGAGCGUAGAAGCCAGCUCAGUUCAGUGUCCUAGUCGCCAAAAGCGAAAGGAAACCUGACUGUCAGAGUUGUCAUCGGCUAACAGGGUAAGACGGGACAGAUCACAAAGAGGGAAAAGCCUUUUCCUCCCCUGCAGUGAAAAGGACGUUCUGGAGAACUCCACUGUGGAGGGGGAAUCCGGGGAUGCCAUGGGUAAUUCAUCCUGCAAGGAUUUCUGGAGAGCUGAGGUUCCCCUGGGCAGAGAUUGUCCUGUGAACUCUGGAAGUAAAGGGACAUUGCUGAAUUCCAGCCAGGGAGAUGGCUUCUGGUGGGGAGACCAGAGCCGUGCCCCACCAUGGUUCCUUCUGAUCUCACCUGCGGGAAAGUUGGCGAGUGCGGAGGAAGGACAGGACACAAGGCUAGAGGGCAGGGCAUCACUCAGGAUGCUACCCCUUGAGUGUUACCUCUUGAGCUAAAGGAUUUCCAUGAGGAACUUUGGGGUGGUAAACCCGGAGUGCUUGCCAGCCAUGGUGGUGGAAGCCUCUAAGCCUAGCAUCUGAGGGGCAGAGGUAGGUGGAUCACUGUGAGCUGGAGGGCAGUCAUGACUACUAUGUAGUGUGACCUUGCCUCCAAACAAAAGACUAGCAAACAAAACAAAACCUUUGAGUGUUGAGCAUUAAUUUAGAACUAUUUAAAAACCUUUCUAAAAACCCAGGGAAAGAGGGUUGAACGUAGUCAAUUCUAUCCUGGGUGUGUGGCUCCUAGCUUGGUGGCCCAGCUUCCUGAACAACCCAGAAAAGCACAGCCAGGUGCUAGGCUGGCUUUUAGCCCAGAGAGAGUUCAGGUGCCAAGAUCCUAUCUUGCAGAGCCAGUGAGCUCCUAAGCCAAGAACACCAUGGCCUUCCUUCUUGCUCUUAUGCUAUUUCUCAUGUUUUGUGUCCUACCCUGGAUUCCAGUGAAGCUGGUCAGUCAUUCCCUCGGGGAGAUUCUAUCCCAGCAAGGCUGGUACAGCUAGGCACAUUGAGGUUGGAAGGUAACUCCCAGUACCAUGGGAGUUCCCACCAAGGGCAACCUGGCCUGGGAGAUUUGAAAGGCGACCCUAAGCUGAGCUCUUGAGGCACCAGAGGAGAGGCCUGACAAGGGUAUGAUUCCAGAGAGAGGAAGCUGUAGGAAUUUGCUACAUUUUCCUUUGUUACAAUGUUAUCAGAGUUACCAAGGUGGGGCUGGGGGUAGAGGAAGAAGCCUGGCUGGGCUUGUCAGCCCUAUUAACAAAAACUGCACACUGCUCAGAAAGACUGCCCCAAACCUAGAAAUAGUCUGAAAAGGAGGGUACAGGCUCAUUAGCAUUGAAUCAGAGCAGUUUGCCAGGUAUCCCCCAAAAGUUCUAUGUGGGAAUCAUACCCAUAUCGCUGUUUACUGGGUGUGCCUGCCUGUUAUGGAGUGUGGUGGAAGCUAUAAGGCCACCAUCCAGAGGGAGGUAGAUGGAUCCUGCACAGCUGAGGUCCGUGUCUGGGUCCAUGGCCAUUCUCCAGUAGGGAUCUAUGUUGAUGUCCUUGGUUCAUGACCUUGGUUCAUGUUACCACUAAAAAUCAUGCAGAUGCUCUUACUUUAGGCACCUCCUGGUAUCCUAGUGCUGUGUAGAGCUGGCCCUGCCCCUCACUGGCUGCAGCAAAUGGGCCCUGCAGCUCACCUGAGCAGCCCAGGACUGCAGGCCCUGGUGGCAGGGUCCCCACUACUCGUCUACUGUGAAGUGGCAUGGGUGUGGAAGUGAUGCCUCCCUCCAUUGUCCCUUGCCACCUGGGCCAGCUGGGAGAGCUGGCCCUGCCCCUCACUGACUGCAGCACUCUGGAGAUCAGGCCCUGAACCUCAACAUGGCAGCACAAUAGGGCUGGUGUGGGCAUGGAUAGCCAGCUUCCUGGGCAUGAGAGCAGAAGAGCUGGCCCUGCCCCUCCCUGGCUGCAGCACUGGAUGAGCUACUGGGGUAGUGCUGGAGCUCUUGCCCUGCGGGAGAGCUGAUGGACUGACCAGCUCAGCCACCACCCAGGCCCAAGAUCUGGAGCUUUGGCUUGGCCUGCCCCAAAAGCUACCUCAUCAAUGACGUGCUGGAGCACGUGAAGGGGCCAGUCCUGUAGCCCCAGAGCCGCAGGACCUCUGUGACACAAGGCAACAGCAUAUCUGAGAGUACUUCAGCUGACUAUCCAGUCUUGAUCGUGAAGGAGAAGCCAGAAGCUUCAAACCAGAACAAUGACCCAUCACAAUGAACAUUUGCAAGUGUGGACAGAGGGGUGUCCUGCAGGACACGCUGUGACACACUGCAGCUUCCACGACUGGGUGUCUUCUGUGCUUUGUUUUGUUUUAUUUCUUUAUUCAUUUUUGUUUGUUUCUAUUUGCUUUUGGAGGAGGUUGCAAAGGCAGAGGGUGGAUACAGAGGGACGGGGGAUGACUGGGAUUGGGGCGCAUGAGACACAACUCACAAAGAAUCAAUUAAAACGUUUAAAAAAAAAAGAAAAGAAAGUUAUUUUUGCAUGUGACUAAGUGUGGGUGUGCUUCUGUGGUUGUUCAUACAUGUGCCCCAACACACAUGUGGAGGUCAGAGGACGACUCUGUGGAGCUGGUUCUCUCCCUCCAUCUUUGUGUAAGCUUCAGGGAUCGAACUUGGGUCCCCAGGCGUAUACAGCAGUUUCCCUGGGGACCAUCUCACUGGCCCACCUUCAGCUUUCCUUAUGGGGUCCAGGGGAUCAAACUCAGAUCCCUCGGCUUCCAAGGCAAGCACUUUGCCAACUGAGCCAUUCUCUAGCCCUUGUUUUGUUUAUAGUUUUAAAAACCAACAGAUACCUCAUAACUCCCUCAAUAACUCCUGCUGGGGCAUAGAAACCUGUCAUGGGAGGCUCCGUGAGGCAUCUCUAUAGCACGUGGCUGUUUCUCUUAUUAACCGGUUAAAUAAACACUUGACACAUGUUUAUCCUCCAUUAGUUUAGGAGUCGUUUCUUCUCUCCUCGGUGUUAUUUGACAGCGCUCUCUCCUAAAUGUGAUGAAAAAGUGCAGAGGGGUUUCAGCAGGCAGCUGCCAUAAUUGAAUUUGCCCGUGGACGUCAGUGUUAAUAUUCUUCUGAGAGACCCAAGCUCCUAUUUUUACCUCCAGACUAAGGCUCCACCUCUUGGGGAAAAUAACUGGUUUGGUGGAGGUUCAAUCUGCCCCUGUUAUCCACUGUGGCUUUAUUACAGGGCCCUCCUCUAAAUGUGGGGACUCCAAUCGCCGAGCUGUCCAUUUUGCUAAGAUGUGUGGCUGUAGACUGACAAUUUAUUGUAAUGGUAUCUAAACUAAUGAACUCCACUUACAAUUAAAAUGUUUUAGAAAGCUUGCUUUUCUCCCGGUCUCCCCAGGAGGCCCUGCUCUGACAAAAGUGGAAUGGCUCUGCCUCCGUGUGUGGGGGAUGGCCCAUCAACUGUGUCAAGUGUCAGGGAUGCUCUUUAAAGCACGAUAAAGAGAGGGAGGGGAGCCAGCAUGAGUGCCUAUAAAUUCAUGAAUAUCAAUUUAAAAAUUAUCUUCUGUUUGAAGAAGUGUGGAAAUGGCACAUGCUAAUUGGAGAGUGGGAAAGGCGGGUUAGGGCGGCAGAGAGGAGCCCUCUAAUUGUUCUCUAGCCUCCCAUAGUUGCAAUGACAGUGACAUGCUGCUAUCAUACACACACACACACACACACACACACACACACACACACACACACACACCUGCAGGUUUGGUAAAGGCUGAGUCCCCUGCUUAGUGCAACUAUAAGCGGGUGGUAGUACCUUUAAGGUGCAGGACAUGGCAGGAGGCACUUGUCUGAUGGACAUGCUGCUUCUUCUAUCUAUGUUUUAAGUCCAAGCCAUGAAGCAAGUGGUUUCACUCUAUCACAGGCAUCCUGACAUGCACUGCUCACCAUGGGUACAAAACCAACAGAGCCAACUAAGCCCAGAGCAAAAACUCUAGAAACAGCAGCCACAACAAACCUUUUCUCUCUGCAAGUUGGUUUGUCUCAGGCCAUUGGUCACAGUAGUAAAAUGCUAACACACACCCACACCUUACAGAUCUGAAGAGGGUCUUGGGUUAGAGAAGCAGUAGUUGGGAUUGUGAUAUAAUGCUAUCAUGUUCUUCCCAUUGGCCUCCAUCUAGCUCUACACGAGCUGUUGGCAUCUUGCUCACGUAAAGAACUGAGGCUCUCAGAGGCAGAGUGACCUCCUUAAGGUCACACAACUAAUAAGGUCAAGGUGACUUGGAGAUUCAGUAUGGCCUCCUUUGGCUUUCAGCCUUUCUUCCCUUGUCUUCUCUAUGUUUCUGCUCUAAUGAAAUCAUUUAAAUGGAUGCUGUGGAAAGAGUGGGGAUUCGAGCCCUUGCAGGGUUCACUGGGCCUUUGGGAAACCACGUUCCCUGUCUCCCUGGCUGCCCUUCCUUUCUCCUGUCCUCAGGUUCUUGCUAAAAUGCUGUCACUCUGCACAGCCUCUUCUGGGCUCUCUGCUUACAUCAUGCUUUUCUCACCAGGAUGACUGUAUCCUUUCAAACUGUGAGCUAAAGAAAGCCCUUCCUCCCAUAAUUGCUUUUUGUCAGGUAGGUCAUAGCACUGAGAAAUAUAAUGAGUGCUGCCAAACCUUAGGGCCAUCUGUCUUAAUUAGGGUUUCUGUGGCUAAGACCCUAAAAAUAAAACCAGCAAGUUGGGGAGGAGAGGGCAGCUUGUAGUUCAUCAGUCAGGGAAAUCAGGGCUGGAACUCAAGGCAGGAACCUGGAGGCAAGAAUUAAUUCAGAGACCGUUGAGGAACACUGCUUACUACCGGCUUUUUCCUUCUGGCUUGCUCGGCCUGUUUUCUUAUAGGCCUAGGAAUUGUGCCACACACAGUGGGCUGCAUCAUGAAUUAAGUAAAUGUUCCACAGACUUGCCCACUGACUAGUCUAAAUGGAACGUUUUCUCAGUUGAGGUUUCCCUCUUCCUACGUGACUGUAGCUUGUGUCGAGUUGACAGAAGACUAACCAGCAGACUGUCUAAUAUAGUACAUCACCUACUUUAUUAACUGUGUUAUUUAUCUUGCCCAAGUAGCAUGAACCCACCCAGAAAGCUGUCAGCCCUGUCUCUUUUGUUUGCAGGUGUAUCAGAUGCCAGAGAUGUUCUAUGAUCCCUGAUCAUAAACCACUUCUAACUGCCAGCGAGGAACACAAACUGGUGCUGUGAUGCCAUAUCCCAGGCACUGGGCUAAGGGUUUAUAGCAUUCUCUCCUUUAGCUGCAGAGUAUAGCAAUUAUUAUGACACAUUGGAGGCCAAAAGAGGAGAGCUUGCCCAAGCUUGUGCAACAGGCAUUUUAAAACAUCUCUGUGAGGCAUAAACUUCACAUGAUAAAUUGACCCAUGCCUAAUACACAGACUUGACAGGUGGGACACACACUUGCCACUGAACCAAAUGUAUACAUCCUCCCUCACCCCAACAAAACACUCCCUCCCCUCAUGACCACACUUUGUGCUCCUCUGGUUCCUGACAUCUACUAACCUGUUUGUAUCACACACACGCGCACGCACACACACACACACACACACACACACACACACACAAGUAUAUGUAUAUAUGUGCAUAUAUUCUAGAAUGUCCUAUAAAAUGGAGCUGUACAGCAUAUUGUUGAGCACAAUCACUCGAGACUUGGGUGUGUUGUGUACAUCAACAGUUCUCCCCUUUUUCCUUGUUGAGUAGUAUUCUCUGAUAUGGAUAUACUGCAGUCUGUUCACCUACUUGUCUGUGGAUGGUCAUUUGGAUUGUUUCCAAUUUGAGACCUCUGAUCAUUAAUCUUUGUCCGUUUGACAGGAUUUAGGAAUCGCCAUGAUAACAAACCUUUGAGUGUGUCUAUGAGGAUGUUUCCAGAAAGGUUAAAUGAACAAGGAAGACCCACCUGAAUGUGGGCCGGUCCAUCCCUGGGGUUCAGGUCCUGGACUAAUACAAGGGAAAAGUUGGCCCUGGAGUAAAGUGUGUUUUCUGGAGGCUUCCAGGACUAACCCAGGUGAAGGAGAGAUUCUGUGCUGUCGCUGUUUGUAUUACGAAUGCUAAUUAUGAUUCCCCCAGAAACUGCUUAGGAGAGUAUCUGCAUGUAGCUUCUGGGAACCUGCCCCCAGUUGGUUCUGAUUGGUAAACAAAGAUGCCAACAGCCAAUAGCUGGGGAGGACAGACAGAGGUGGGGCUUUAGAUUUCCAGGGCUUAGGAGGGGAGAGAGGGAGAGAGGAUCCGCCAUGCUUGACAGUGUGUGGGCAGAGGAGAGACUCAGAAGCUGUGAUAGGGUAGAAAAGCAAGGAGAGUGCCCCGGGCUCUGGACUAAGAAACCGCCCCAGAGGGCAUCAGGAGUGGGUCUGGAGCGGCCAUGAUGGAAUAUAGAGCCAGUAAGUAAUAACUUGGGAUUAACAGCAUGGAGGUUCGGCAGUUACAGCUAUUGUGCUGUUUAAGGCGUAUUAAAAUAUAGAGGCUGUGUGUGUGUCUUUAAUUCAGGAACAUAAACCAUUGAGGCGGGUAGCAAACCCGCCGCCGGGAUUUAUUAAUUAUUUAAUUAUUUUAACACUGUGCCCCUAAAUUCCGUGGCAAGCCCCACCUCCCCGUUGACAAGGAAUAUUUCCAUGAGACUGUGGCAGAAAAUGCUCGAGGAGACUCAACCAGAAGCCAAAGAAAUCCCAGCUCUGGAGAGGUGCCCCCGCAGUGGAGAAAACUGCAUGUACCGAUCCAGUCAUCUGCAAAUUCAUGUGAUGGGGGCAGGGGAGGGACCAAGUCCUGGCCAGAUCCCUGCUGGCCUGCACUCCAGGAGCUUCUGCAGAGGUUGAAGCAGCCACUGGCCAUGAACCCACACCAUCACCCACCAGGCACCCAAGAACUGUGACCCUGCAAUUGGACCCGUACUAUCCUCCCAGGGACCAUUUCCUUCCCGCCACCGUGACCCGAGCUGAUGGAUGCCUGCUUCCUGCCCCUGUGGAAGAUGAGGGAGUGAUCCUGAGAGAGAAUAAGCACCAGUGGAUUCUGACACCAGAGAUGCUGUGACCUGAGCCAUUGGAUAUGUUUCCUGACUUGCACUGAAUCCCAUGCCUCACCUGCUUAUAGAGAAGGAAGGAUCUUGGAGAUUUCCUUCAGAACACCACAGGUUCAGGGUUCUCUCCCUGGGCUUCUGGUCUAGCUUCGGAUGCUGGUAAAGGAAGACGUUUUGGUUACAGGAAGGUUUAGAAAAGUCCUCAAGCUCCACAAGCUGCUGAGAUGGUACAGCAGGUAAAGGUGCUUACCCAGGGGUUGGGAGUUUAGCUCAGUGGUCGAGUGCUUGCCUAGUAAGCGCAAGGCCCUGGGUUCGGUCCCCAGCUCCGGAAAAAAAGAAAAAAAAAAAAGGUGCUUACCCAACUCAGCCAAGGUUACUAGGAACAGCCUGCUGUGAAUGUUGUUCUGUGCGGACCUGUGUCAACACUGGUCCUGGGUAAAUACUUAAGUGUGGAAUUUGUGUGUCCCAGGGCCAUCCCACGGUAAACGUCAUGAGAAACUGUGCAUCUCUUAGGACUGUAGCUUGACUGCUUGUAUCGUGUCUGGAGGAUUUGGAGAACAAAUACAAGGAGCACAAGCCCAUGGGAGCUUCCUGUCUUCCCCAGCUGCCCCUCUGCUUCUGGGAGAGGAGGGAGAGGUCACAGCAUCAGCCCCUGAGACUGGAGGAUGUGGUGCAGGGGUGUCUGCUGCCAAGUUUAAUGCAGGCUGGGCAGUGAAUCGUAGUUUAGUGACUGCAGCCCCAGUAAAGGACACACACACACACACACACACACACACACACACACACACACACACACAUUGCACUGACGUAAAUGAUGUAAACUGUUUGAAAUAAUCAUGAUACUCCUUAUUAUCUGUGCCACAAACCUAACUGAUUUUUGCAAGAUAUUUUCCUAGGCUCUGCCCCCUUCUCCCACAAUAGCUACAAUCAACUUGAAUGCAAACCUCCUUGAAUGUUGGCAGCUAACUUUGUUUAUAUGGGAGGGUAAAGCAACAGUGCGACCAUGAGGACAUCAUUUCACAGCUUCACACAUCAGCCAGUGGCUCGUGCCUGUAACUGUGAGAAACAUGUUGUAUUUCAUAGCCAGCUUGGGAAAAUCCUGGAUAUGUUACGUGUAGCUUCAGGAAGGUAUGGACCAGAUCCGCCCAGCAGUGACUUGGAGAGGACCUUCAUCCUGCCUGUGCCCAGUUAGCUAGGCUGGAGGAAAUGGAAGUCGAGGGCUGUAAUGGAGACCUCUCUCUAUCUCCCUGUGCCUGCUGUAGCUGGGACCACAUACCACUGGGGCAUCCGAUCUCAGCAGAACAGCAGCACACAGUGACCAAAGCCAUGAGACCCAGAGCUGCACUUUCUGAGCCUCAAGACCGGUUGGUGUGGUGAUAAAGUCGAAGUAUGUUUAUGCGUGGUAAGCAGUUGCCUUUCUGUUGCUGAGACAAGACACCAUGACCAAGGCAACUUUCAGAAGAGUUUACUCUAGCUCAUGGUUCCGGAGGCUUAGAAUCCAUGGCAGUGUAGACACCACAGCAGGACGCAGCAGGCUGGGUAGCAGGAGCAGGAUGCUGAGAACAGCUUGACCUGCAGAAGCAGAGGGAGAACCGGAAGUAAAGGCUCUUCAUCUCGAAUCCGUCCCCACGUGACAUGCUUCCUCUAGCAAGGCCACACCUCCUAUGUCCCCCAAAACAGUGCCACCAACCGGGGGCCAAGUGUUCAAGUAGCUGAGACUGUGGGGUACACUCUCAUUUAACUCAGCACAGGUAUAUGCACGGAUGCACAUUUGUAAUUAAAACAGAGAUGAUCCUUAGUGUGGCUAGCAAUUACGCUGCGUGUAUUAGCUCCUAUAGCUCCAAUUGCAGCCUGUUUCCUGCCCCCAAGAGUGAGGCCUGAGAGGUCGGAUGCCUUGUCCUCUGCCUAUAUCCCAGGCACGGUACAUAGAGCUUAAUAUCCAACAAACGUGUUGAAUUAAAUGGAGCUACAAGUAAAUACCGAGGGCUAUCGGCAUGAUUAAACGGGAAUGUGUGCUCGCUCACAGAUCACCUGGUUAUCAUAUCAUUAAUUAUUGCAAUAAAUAAUUUUAACACUUUGUUGAAAUACAGUUCGCGUAGCAUUUCUUGAAAUAAAAUUCACCCAUUUAAA